UUCAAAUUCGAAAUUCAAAUUUUUUGUAUAGGUAUAUCUAUGGUGAUAUUCUUUCAUUAAGUAGACAAAACACUUCAAACUAUUACUAGUUGCGGAUAAGCUGAUUAAUUGAUUAUUUACAAAUAUUUCAUAAAUAAAGCCAAAUUGAUGAAACAAUGUUUUGAACUUAUUCAUGGAAUUAGGAAUUAGCUUAUUAAUUCUUUUUUCCAUUUUCCGUCCGUACUUAAUUUCAAUAUCAUUUUCGACUUCGAUGCCUUUCAUAAUUUGAUUUAUAUUAUCUUUCAAUAUGAAGGUAUUUUUCUAUUCUUCAGGAGGUGUAGAAUUUAGAGCUCCUAUAGUACAACUAUUAAUUAAAUUGUUUAGUUCUGCUUUUAUUGCAAUUAGAGUAUUGGGUAAAUUGUUACUUCUCUUUUCCAAUGAGAAUGUUGCUUUAAAUUUUCAGUAUCUGUUUCUGUAUUUAUACCAUUUUAAUAUAAUUUAUCGUUUUAUAUAUAUUUUCAACUUUUUGGUUUUUCAUAAAUUUUAAUGCUUU